AUGUCCCACAUGGCAUUCAUUGAUGAUCAAAGUCAACUGCCCAUUCGGAAGCGCGAACGGAUCAGCGCGCCUAAAAGCCGUGGAGGAUGUGUAAUAUGUAAAAGAGGUCACAUCAAAUGUGAUGAAGCAAAGCCGAAGUGCUCUCGAUGUAUCAAGUCAAAUCUCAACUGCGAGUACAAAAAGCCUGAAAAAAAGAGCAAGGGAUGCAGAUCAGAGCGUAUCUCUCAGAGAAUUAUUCUUCCCAAGGCGGCAACGGAGGAACUAAGCAAGCUCAUCAUACGUCCACUCGAGACCAAUUCUGGCUUCGAUGAUGAAUUUGCAGUUGAAAAGGCCCCAGCGUGGAUGUUCGGAUACCUCGAGGGUCGGAUGAGGCCCGGGGAGAGGAUGAUACCCCGUCAAGCAUCUCCCCUUACUCAAGUUCUUGAGCCUUCCGAUUGCCUGGCUAUCGACAUGCCUUUGAAGUCUAAGGAACUAUUUCAUUAUUUCUAUGUGGCAGAUCAACAAUCGGGAGUUCCGCACAAGGAUCAACGAAGAGAUUGCCUCUCGUUUGUCACCAAUAACCCACACGCCUUUCGCAGCGCUCUCAUCAUUGCCAGCCUUCACUUUGUGUGGAACAAAGGAGACCUGCAACAGUUUAAAUCCACCUUCCUAGUCCACAAGGUCCACGCUAUUCGCAUGGUAAACGAAUGGAUGGUCACCGAGGAUUCGUCGCUGUUCACUUCGGUUGUUCGGCAGGUGGCCACAUUGUGCUUUGCAGAGCUCUGUUUUGCCGACGUCGCCAGCGCUGAGACACAUCUUAUUGGGAUCAUGAGUCUCUUGGACCACAAGAAGCAUCUCAGCAGCCCUUUGACUGACGAAGACCUCAUAGAGCAGGAGCUUGCUGAUCGGUAUUUCGUCUUCACAUACACCUGCUUCGUGGGCUUCAAAAGCAGAUUGAUCGAGUACUUACGUCGCGUCGAUCCUACUGGAAACGUGUACAACAUUACGCCUGACGAGGCCAUGGCCCUCACGUCGUCGUUCCUACAGUCAGAGGCGCCGACUGGUGCUCUUGCAAUCAAGCUUGCUGCGCUUCGCCUUUUACCCAGCUUCUUCAAUCCGAUGCCUGCCGGUGUCAAAAUGGCCGAUAUCGACGGUUACUACACUAUUCUUGCGAUGCGCGAGCUGACGGCUGAACUUGACGGGGCUCGAAUCAAGCAGCGGAAUCGGCCCGGUGAUUCUACCGCAGUCUUUGAGGCUAUUUGGUCCAAUGGGGUAGCUUCAAAGCUGCUUGCCCAAUAUGUAUUCUCUCAUACACGGUCCAUGUCGGGAAAACUCCCGCCUAGUGAUGGACGCCAGAGAUUCAGGACAACAUGGUGUGGUAUUCAAGCAUCUGCUAAUAUGUAUCUUCAUCACGUUGUCAGAAUGACCGAGCCGGGAUUUUUGGAGCAAAGAGCGCAUCAUUACAUGAUGUAUCUCUUCCGACGAGAGCUGAGCCAACUCAGUGCUCGACUGGAGGAGCCGAAUUCAGACAUUAGCCGGGACUUUUUGUUCUGGCACUACUUUCUUGGGGCGAUUCACAUGUACAAGAAUGACAAGGAGUCCCCAACUGCUGAGUUCUUCUACCGGGGUAUCUGCGACUGGAGCAAGGCAACCGGUGUUACUGAGUGGGUAGAUGCGUGGGCUGCGCUGAGGGGAGUGAGUUGGCCUACAGAGUAUCCCGAUGAGUUGACUGGCCAGAGGGUGUGGGAGAAAGCACGAUUCUUCAAUAAUGCGUUGAGCUCGUACUCUUGA